AUGGAGUCUAUGGAGUACCUCUACAUUCUCGAUCAUCCCCAGAACUUACAGAAUCUUGUAAAGAAGUUACCACCCUAUCUGCAAGACCGUUGGAGACGACACGUUGUAAAACUCAGAGGAACAAGGUUUACUCAAAUUCCAGGGUUUAAGGACUUCAGUGAUUUCAUAACAACAGGAGCUAAGGAAAAAAGAUUGGAACAACGGAAGAAAUUCCUCACAGAAAAACAGUUGUGCUAUGCCUGCUWCAGACCUGGACACAGAUCGCGUGGUUGCUUGCAGAAACACCAAUGCGAAGUAUGCUCUAAACGACACCUAACAAGUCUACACGACUACAGUUUUCAAGGAGGUUCAAAAGACUCAACGAAGCAAGAAAGUACUGUGACAGUUGCAAGAAUUGCCCACUUACACAAAGACACGCUAUUCUCUGAAGAACCAGAAAUUAAGUUCAUGCCUAUUGUGCCUGUUAAAGUACGCUACGGUGGCGAAGUGAUAACGACAUAUGCAAUGCUAGACUCCUGUAGCACUGGAACCUUCGUAUCAGAGGAUGCAUCAAGACGCUUAAAGAUUGACGGAGUACCGACCAAGAUUCGAGUAAAGACAGUCAUCGGAUCYCAACUUCUUGAUGCCAAAGUCGUCACAGGACUUGUCGUGUCAGACGUGCAAGACAAGAAUAAAGUAACUUUGCCAAAGACAUUUUCAAGAGAUGAAAUACCAGCAACAGARGGAGAAAUACCACGGYCUGAAUUGAUAAGGCAAUGGCCACACCUACGGUCAGUUGCAGAUAAGAUGCCACCAUUCUUACCAGACGUACAAGUUGAUCUGAUCAUUGGUGCAAAUUGUCCAAAAGCUCUACAGCCCAGAGACUUUGCUGUUGGUAAAGACGGAGGRCCUUACGCUAUGUUGACAUUUGCAGGCUGGACUGUUGUUGGCCCUAUUAAGUCAACCACCAGUACGUCUUCUAUCUCAAGUCAAAUCGUGAACCGAACCUUAACUACGAACGUUUGUAGCGACAAGACAUCGAAUUUGCAUUACAAGAUUGAAAGCUCUGUUAAAGAAGUUAUAAUGCCUCAAACACUGAACAAGUYCCUUGACGUUGAGUUCCGCGAAGCCAUCUCGACGUGUGAGCACGAACCGCCAAGAUCAAUAGAAGACUCACGAUUUCUCCAAAGGAUGGAAAAGGAAAUAAAACUCGUCAACGGUUACUAUCAGAUGCCUUUGCCAUUUAAAGAUGCCGAUAUGUCUAUGCCAGAUAACAAAGAACAGGUCAUUCAGAGGAUGAGAUGGCUGCAAAGGAAGCUUUUUAAUGACUGUAAACUUUAUCACGAUUACAAGACCUUCAUGUACAACGUCAUCGAGAAAGACUACGCAAGAAGAAUUCCUACUAACCUGUUAGAGGCCAAACCGGGAAAGACAUGGUACAUCCCUCAUCACGGAGUUUAUCAUCCGCGCAAACCUAAUAAGAUUCGUGUUGUCUUUAACUGUAGUGCCAACUUCCAUAGAAUAUAUCUAAAUGAAAAGCUAAUGCAAGGUCCAGAUUUGACAAACUCACUGGUUGGAGUGCUCACAAGAUUCAGAAGCAAACCUGUUGCUUUCAUGUGA